UCGCAAACCAACAGUCUCUAGACGCACCUGCCAGUACUCUUCGCAGCUUAGGGUUUGGGUCCCGGCCCCGCCCCCUGACGGUCCAGGGGUUCCUUCGGCCCCGCCUCCGGCCCUCACUCGGCUCCUGGCCCCACCCGUGCGUGGUGCCCUCGGGAACCCUCGGCUGGAGGGACUCGCUCUCCCGCCGAGCCCGGUCGGGGCAGAGCCCGGCCUGCAGCUGCGAGGACCGGAGCGGCGGGAGGUGGCGCCUCUGUCCUGGAGCCGGGAUUCGCGGCCAUGACAGUGUCGGCCCGCGCCUUCUGGCUGCUCCGCGGCCGCCUGGGCCGAGUGUCGGCGCUGGGCCGGAGCGCGGUGUCGCUCUUGGCGGCGCCGGGAACGGCCGGGCGCGCGUUCCGGGGCUUUCGGAGCAGCGGCUUGAGACAUGACGCAAUUAUUAUCUCAGGAACUGAAAUGGCCAAACAAAUCCAGAAAGAAAUACAGCGAGGUGUGGAAUCUUGGAUUUCCCUUGGGAAUGGAAGACCUCACCUCAGUAUCAUUUUAGUGGGUGAUAACCCAGCAAGCCACACAUACGUCAGGAAGAAGGUCAAAGCCGCUGCUGCUGUAGGUAUCUGUAGUGAGAUCAUUCUAAAACCUAAGGAUGUUUCUCAGGAAGAACUUUUGGAUAUAACCGAUCAAUUGAACAUGGACCCAAGAGUCAGUGGUAUAUUAGUUCAGUUGCCACUGCCAGACCAUGUGGAUGAGCGGACAGUAUGCAAUGGAAUUGCCCCGGAAAAAGACGUAGAUGGAUUUCAUAUUAUUAACAUUGGAAGACUAUGCCUGGAUCAGCAUUCUCUCAUACCUGCCACUGCUAGUGCUGUUUGGGAAAUUAUCCAACGAACAGGAAUUGAAACAUUUGGAAAAAAUGUGGUUGUGGUUGGAAGAUCCAAGAAUGCAGGGAUGCCCAUCGCCAUGCUUUUGCACACUGAUGGAGAGCACGAACGGCCAGGAGGUGAUGCAACUGUGACAAUAGCUUCACAGAUACUCCCAAAAGAACAACUGAAGAUCCAUACUACUUUGUUUUACAACUCUGUUUUGCUUUCAGGUAUUCCAAAGUUGAUUACAUCUGAUAUGGUUAAAGAAGGUGCUGCUGUAAUUGAUGUGGGUAUCAACUAUGUCCAUGACCCAAUGACAGGAAAGACAAAAUUAGUUGGAGACGUGGACUUUGAAGCUGUUAAGAAGAAGGCUAGCUUUAUCACUCCAGUUCCAGGAGGCGUGGGACCCAUGACAGUGGCAAUGCUUCUCAAGAACACCCUUCUGGCAGCUAAAAAAAUCAUUUACUAGAUCACAUGAAAGAAUAAAGCAAACUGAAGUCAUGCUACGUAUCUAUUUGACAAAAGGCAAAAACCUUUAUAUUUUACUACAAAGCUAUUUCUACAUUGUAUUUAUUUUUUCACAGAUGGAAUCACUGUGGAUCAGAUGAUUCACACAAUCUUAUGCAUUUCCUGCUAAUAAUUACUGAAUAUUUUGAGUGGAUAUUGAGUUUUAGGAAAAAAAAACAAAACAACUGCAAUGAAACCUUUGAUAACAAUUGUUUAUUUUGUGAUUAAUAUUUGUUCAUAAUGUUAAAACUAAUACAGGGCUCAUAAUAAACGAAUAUAUUUUUGACACAAAUAUCACAAAUAGUGUGUUUUCAACAAACAUUUUGUCAGACAAAUAAGCUCCCUUGUAAAAUGUAAUUUAGGUUUUGCCAUAAUCAUGCCCAAUUUUUAUAUAUUUUACGUACUAUAUCAUAUGAUGAAAAAGAGUUUAUUUGCUAAAGGAAAGAUAAAAUAUUAAAAAUAAACUUUUGAUCUCAUAUACUUCCCAAAUGCAUCCUACGAGGCAUACUAAUGAGAAAUGAUGGAAAGAAAAACAUGCAAGGAAGGCAAAAAAUGAAGUGCUACUUGGAAAGGUACUGAUUAUUUCAAGUGGUGAAUUACUAAUUGCCAAGUAAAAAUGCAAUAAGAGUGUGUUAGGUUUACAUGUAAUUUCUUUGUUCUUCUAGAAAAAUAUUUGGACAAUACCUUCCUUGAAGAAUAAGGGAAACUCCAAAACCAAACAAAUAUACAAAACAAAACUAAGGUUGUAUUUUCCCACAAAUAUCAGGAAAAUACAAUAUAGUAUGAAUGAGGACUUCAUUAAAGAAUAGAAGUUAUGUUUGUUCACAAAUCUAGAAAUCUAAUAGAAAAAUAUGACACAACGUGCCCAAGCUAAGCCUUAGGAUAUGACUAAAAAUCUAUUGCUUUGUUACUCACAGUUCUUCCCUCUUCUCUUAUAGCAUUUGGUUCUCAAAGUAGAUGCCAUGUUUCUAACACAAUUUAAAUUAGAAAAAACAUGUGAGUGUCGGUUGAAGGCUAUUUUGAGACUACCCUGGGCAUAUAAUUGUAUUGCUUUCAGGCCCAAAUCCCAGUCUGUUUAUGUACCAGUAAUGAUUCUUACCCAAUGCAUGUCUUUAUUAGUGUAUACUCUUGAUCAUUUGUGUGAAAAUAGACUAGAUGUUUAUAAUUAAUAUUUCAACUGUAUAAUAAAACCAAUUUGGAAAGGAA